AUGAUAAAAUUGACACAAAUACUGGAAGACUUCCCUUGGUAUGACAAGCUAGCUUCAAUCCUAGGGACCAAUCCAGUGCUGUCUCUAAAGACAGUCUCAUCCCAGCCUGGAAUGGACCACGCUGCUAACUACUUUCGAAUCUCGUGCAUGGCAGGAAGUUUGUACUCACAGGGCCCACAAUCUGAUAGCACCCAAUAUGGGGGCUAUGCUUCUAGCACUCACUCUGCUGCUCAACCUCAGCCGUCUCCUCCACCUGCCCCUCAGUAUGCUCCUCCUCCACCUGCUCCCCAGUAUGCUGCUCCUCCGCCGGCUCCUCAGUAUGCUGCUCCUCAGCCAGCUCCUCAGCCUCACCUUGCUCCCUCUGGCACUACAUAUGGGGGUGCUGGCUAUUCUGCUGGCACUGAGCACCCUCAAUUCAACUAUUCCACUGGCGCUCAGCGCCCUUAUCAUCAGCACUUUGGCACUGACCCCCCAGCACUGUCCGUACUCACACCAACGUGCCCCCAUGCCCCCCAUUCCCUUGACAACGACUCUGAUCUCCCAGACACUCUCAGCCUAUACCUUCAAGACAACAAUUUAUUGUUGCAAUGGGAGCUGAAUGGGCCGCUUCUAGAGGCUCCUGAGUGA